CGACCACCAUCUGUUUCUGUGGGUUCAUGCUCUAGAUUUUCUAUCCUUGCCAUUUCUUCUGUAGGCUAGAGUGAGUCGCGCGUGGUCGCACUGAGCCUUUAGAACGACGCGAGCUUCGAUAGUCAAGCCAUAAUCCACGAUGCAUCUGCCCGUGAUCGGGAGGCUCUCGCCCCGCGAGUACCUCGCCGUCCUCCUGGGCUUCGUCUUCAUCGUCGCCGAGAGCCUGCUCCGAAUCGUCAUUCUUUUUCUUCCCAAUGCGCUCAUUCAGUGGUUUCACGACCGCUCGCGAGAGCUCUUCAACACCUUCGUCGCUCCACCGCGGUCGAAGACGAAGGCCCGCGAGUUCAACGACCGCAUCCGGAUGGCGCAAGAUUUCGGACAGCUUUGCGAGAUCUUUGGAUACUCUUUUGAAGAGCACGUCGUGAUGACCAAGGACGGAUACCUGUUGGGGUUGCAUCGGCUUCCCUCCAAGAAGGGUCAGAAGAAGAGCCAUCCCGGCACUAGCACCGGGAGACCAGUUGUCUACCUUCACCACGGUCUGCUGAUGAAUUCGGACGUCUGGAUGUGUCUCAACAGCGAGGAACGGUGCCUUCCCCUGGUUCUGGUGGAACAAGGAUUCGAUGUCUGGCUAGGGAAUAACAGAGGCAACAAGUACUCGAAGAAGUCUACCCAUUCUAGUCCGAACAGCACGAAGUUCUGGGACUAUAGCAUUGACGAUUUCGCGUGGCAUGACAUACCGGACUCUAUCCACUACAUCUUGGACGUGACUAAAGCGAACAGCCUCAGUUACAUCGGCUUCAGUCAGGGAACCGCGCAGGCGUUCGCAGCCUUGAGUAUACAUCCUCAGUUGAACCAGAAGAUCAAUGUGUUCAUUGCGCUUGCGCCUGCGAUGAGCCCUCCUGGUCUUGCCGCACCUAUCGUAGACGGCCUCAUGAAAGCCUCCCCGACCACCCUCUUUCUAUUCUUCGGCCGUAAGACCAUCCUCCCCUCUGCUACGAUGUGGCAGCAAAUCCUCUACCCACCCAUCUUUACGCGGCUCAUCGACUCGUCGCUCGGGUUUCUGUUCAAUUGGCACGGCCGCAACAUUGCCAUGUCACAGAAGAUCGCGGCGUACGCACACCUGUACUCGUUCGCAUCCGUCAAGUCGGUCGUGCACUGGUUCCAGAUCAUGCGCACGGGCACGUUCCAGAUGUUCGACGACGACGUGAUGUCCGCCAUCCCGCUUCGGGGCGGGUCGAGCCCGUCGUACGUGCCGGCCAAGUUCCCGACGAAGAACAUCGUCACGCCCAUCGUCCUCCUCUGGGGCGACAGCGACAGCCUGGUGCACAUCGACGUGAUGAUGCGCGAGCUGCCGGCGCACACCGUUGAGAAGAGGUUACAUUCAUACGAGCAUCUGGACGUCCUGUGGGGAAAGGACGUCCACGUAGACGUGAUACCGGAGGUGUUGGAGGCGUUGAAGCGGUAUUGUGAAAACCCGGAGAGGUUGGACGGGUUGAGCAACGGCGUAGAUAAGUUGGGAACGACAGCGUGAAGGUUACGGUAAUAUGAAGACCCAAUAGACCAGCGAUACCCUAGCGGACAAUGUAUAUGGUGUGUACAAGAGGAAUAGUUGCAUAGGAACAACGCC